AUGCCUGUCCACCAGCUCCUCCCCCGCCUCUUGCUUCUGUUCUGGCUGCCCGCCAGCCUGGCCCGCCACAGCCCCCAGCUCUGGAGGGGCCUCCACACCCACGGGACCCCACGCUGCUACUCGGCCGAGGAGCUUCCCCGGGGUCAAGCCCCGCCACAUCUGCUGGCUCGAGCUGCCAAGUGGGAGCAGGCUUUGCCCGUGGCCCUGGUGUCCAGCCUGGAGGCAGGGGGCCGAGGCAGGCAGCAGGAUGGUCCCUCCACUGGGGCGCAGUGCCCAGUGCUGCAGCCUGAGGAGGUCCUGGAAGCUGACAUCCACCAGCGCUCCAUCUCCCCCUGGAGAUACCGUGUGGACACGGACGAGAGCCGCUACCCGCAGAAGCUGGCCUUCGCCGAGUGUCUGUGCAGGGGCUGUAUCAGCGCCAGGACAGGCCGGGAGACGGCUGCCCUCAACUCGGUGCCGCUGCUGCAGAGCCUGCUGGUGCUCCGCCGCCGGCCCUGCUCCAGGGACACCACGGGGCUGCCCACGCCAGGGGCCUUCUCCUUCCACGCCGAGUUCAUCCGCGUACCCAUCGGUUGCACCUGUGUCCUGCCCAGGUCCACGUAG